CUGUCAUCAUUGUAAUACGGCCGAGAUGCCGUCUGCUCCGUGACAGUUAAAUCAAAAGAUACAUGUAAAAUUGUGUGUUGCCGGACAAUUACGAACAGUUUAUGCGUGGUGUGAGCUAUUUUCGUUUUGAUUGCCAUUUGUUGACGAAAGUGUGGCGCGGUGAGAUAAUGAAUUUUGAAGUUUAGAUAGGGUGACUGCAACCGAAUGAGACGAUGUUUUGCUGUUUGAGAAACUGCUUCGACGGCCUCGGCCUGUCGACAACGCAAAUGCCAAAAAGGGAACCGAACCCUAUCACCCUAGACACUUCUCAUAUGGGUCACGAGGUUGUGAUUGUAAAGAAUGGUCUGAGAGUAUGUGGGCGAGGCGCAGCUCUGACGAAUGCACCUUUGGCACAGAGCAAAAGUUACUUCGAGGUGAAAAUCCAGCAAGGCGGAGUUUGGGCGGUUGGUUUAGCAACGCGUUCUACGGAACUGAAUACUACCGUAGGGGGAAGUGAUCAGGAAAGUUGGGCCUUGAAUUCAGAUGGCAUAAUACGUCAUAAUUCAGAGGAAUUGCACAAGGUCCAGAACAUCGCUCAGGAGGGCGACAUAAUUGGCAUUUCCUAUGAUCAUAUAGAAUUGAACUUCUAUUUGAAUGGAAAGCUCCUGGAUGUUCCUAUUACAGGAAUAAAAGUAACCACAUAUCCCAUCCUCUAUGUCGACGACGGAGCUAUUUUAGAUAUAAUAUUGGAUGAUUUCAUAUACCCGCCACCAAAUGGGUUUGAAAAAAUAAUGCUGGAGCAAUCAUUGCUCUAGCAUAUGUGUUCAGCGGGCUAUUAAAAAAACACACAGAAAGCAUUUCAAUAAUAAGAAGAGAAACUAACCCAACUACGCUCACACAGUAUUUUCUGAUCAAAGUUGACACACAACGGCUGUGAGUGUGAAAUAUUUUAAUGAUACUGCAUUUAUCGAUGUAAUAUAAUAAACAAUUAGCAUAAUAAUAUGAGUUAAAAUUAUAUCUGAAUACAGUGAUUAAAUAUUUACUUUCAAUAAUCGUUAAAAGAAGGAAGAGUUUAUUGAAAUCUAUCUUUGAUCUGGAAGCUGCAGUUUUUGAGAUAGCAAAUAUAUAAUGUUUGUUUUUUGUAUUGUACAUAAAAACAAGAAAAAAACCUGAUGAGAUGAUGUCACGAAAUAAACGAUGCCCGUUUAAUUAUAAAUCUCAGUAAAACGGAUUAUGGAAAAUUUAUCCCGAGCCCCGUAAAUGCUAUAAAAAUGGUUAACAGAAUUUUCAGGUUUUAUUAGAAGGUUUACAUAAUUAAUAAUUGAUUAGAUCAUUUAUGAGCCUAGUUUUGUUUAUAUAUAAUUAUAUAGUAUCGUUCAAUCCUUAUUAUUAUAUAUUUCUUCGAAUCCUUAAUGACUAAUGGUAUAAUAUGUACACUGGCUGAAACAAGGUACGAAAGGCAUUAGGCCUGUUAUUCGCUCCAUUAGACGAACGUCAUGGUUUAUUCGUUGACUAAAUCUCUUGUAGUGAUGAUCUGAUUUAUGAUAUAGAUAAUUAUGCGUCGUUAUUACGUUCUACAAUGCUCGAUAAUGAUGAUAAUGUUCGAAGCGUUACGUCGACAAAUGCACUAGGAACACUUUUUAUCGUAUCAUAAACCUAGAGUUGAACAAAAUAGAAUUAUUCAAAUUAUAUUCAGAUAAUUAUUUCAUUCAAGUAUCUAGCUUAUGUUAAUGAUGCAUUUCAUUUGUUAUUUAAUUAAUUAUUAUUAUUUUCUUUGUAUUCACAAUAAGAAGUAAAACAUUUAGAAAAAAAUAUUUUGAUUUUGAUAUUCUUUUUCAUGUGCUUCAUAAAUGUUAUGCAGUUUUAAGAAUUGUUUUAGAAAUUUGCCUCGUUUACAAAAUAUGUAAAAAAAAUUUUUUCAAUUCAUCACAAAGUUGUAACGAUUAUAAUUGAAAGCUUCAAUUAUUAUAGGACAACUGAUAUUUGCUUAUUUAAACACUGGUACAAACCGAUUUUUUUUUUGUGAUAUACUUCUAGCUCGACUACCCAAAUGCUUUCUCGCAAGCUACAGGUAUUAUGCAACGUACAUACAAAACACAGAAUGAUAUGGCACGAUUUUGAAUAGAUAUCAUUGAACGACGCUGUGCAGUUACGGAUGGUGUUUUUACAAUUUACAACUUCACUUUCGUGUCCAGUCAAUACUGACACGGUUUAAUUAUUACCCAGAUGUCGAGGCUCCGAACAUUUUGUUACAAAAAUUACUAAAAAUACUUGUAAAAAAGCAAAUCAAUGUUUUGCCUUUGCUGAUAGCUAAGUUGAAAAUGAUAUUCAGUGUAGCGAAUGUAACGAAACAGUACAUAAUUGAAAAAAAUUUUACUUGGAAAAUAUUCCACUUGAAUUAGUGUAAAAUAAAUUUUGAUCACAAGCUGUAUAUAUUCUGUACAAGACCCUUGAUUCUAGCCGAUUAAAACGACACAUCUGACAUAUGAUAAAACUCUUUACGAUACCUAUUUUCUUUUCCUAUUGUCCUUCUGGUGAUUUUCCUUUCCCUUCUUAACCCAAAUCGUAUGCAAAAUUUACUUUGUGAUGAUAUAGGUAUAAAAACUACGUCUCUUAUUAUUGCUGGUGUUGCAAGCUUUGAGAAAGCUUUUCCUUUGAUAAAGCUUGCAAAGACGUAAGUGUGUAUCUUUGGUCCUUAAUAUUACAUUUGCUUAUUGUUAUUUAUGGUGCGCUAUACAAUUGCCAUAUGAAA